ACGCGCGCAGCUUGGGCAGCAGUACUGUUACCAGCAUAUUAAGCAGCUUGCACACUAAAUGCUGUUCCUCAUUUACCCACUGUAGGGCAGCAAAGUGACCCUUUGCCGCCAAUGUUCAAAAAUGGCGACAAUCAACAAAAAAAGGAAAGUUGACUGCGAGGGUCGACGCUUCAAGGAUGGAUGGAAAUUGGACUAUUUCUUUACUGAAGUACGCAACAACUGUGUCUGCCUCAUUUGCAAAGAGACAGUGGCUGUUUUUAAAGAGUAUAAUGUCAAGCGACAUUACCAAAAGCUACACGCUGCCAUGUACGACAAGAUUACAGGGAAGGAACGCAGCGAGAAAUUGAAGCAGCUUGAAGCUAGUUUAAUCUCACAGCAGCAGUAUUUUGCAAGAGCCCGAGAGUCAAAUGAGAACGCCACAAAGGCUAGUUACGAGGUAGCAGCGCUGAUCGCAAAGCAUUCCAAACCUUUCACUGAGGGUGAAUUCAUCAAAGACUGCGUGAUGACUAUUGUGAAGAAAAUCUGUCCUGAGAAGCAGCAAGAGUUUGCCAAAGUCUGUCUGGCACGUAACACUGUGGCACGCAGAAUUGAAGAAGUGUCAUCAGACAUCAAAAGACAAUUGAGAGACAAAGGAAGGGAGUUUGACUUUUUUUCGCUGGCUUGCGACGAGAGCACAGACGCCUCGGACACUGCUCAAUUACUUAUUUUUUUGAGGGGAGUGGACAAUGAAAUGAACGUUACUGAAGAACUACUUGACCUCAGGAGCCUGAAAAGUCAAACAAGAGGAACAGACUUAUUCUCUUCUGUUUGCGCUGCCGUGGAUGACAUGCAACUCCCGUGGAAUAAAAUUUCUGGGAUUAUUACGGAUGGCGCACCAUCCAUGACUGGCGAACGAAGUGGAUUAGCAACACUAAUAAGUAACAAAGUAAGUGAAAAAGGGGGUAACGCUGUAAAACUCCAUUGCAUCAUUCAUCAGCAAGUUUUAUGUGCCAAACAUCUCCAAUACAAACAUGUUAUGAAACCAGUGAUAAAAACGAUUAACUUUAUCCGCUCCAGAGCGCUAUGCCACCAUCAGUUUCAACAGUUUCUAAGCGAGAUUCAUGCGGAAUAUGGAGAUGUUGUCUAUCACACUGACUAUCACACGAUGGCUCAGUCGAGGUUCUGCACUGUUGCGCUUUUACUCGUUGAUAUUACAAAGCACCUCAAUGCCCUCAACACCAGUCUCCAGGGACCAGACGCAGUCAUAAGCCAACUAUAUUCACACAUCAAAGCCUUUGGAACCAAGCUGAAACUGUUUGAAAGACACCUGUCGCAGUCCCAACCCAAUACUGCACACUUUUCAGCACUGCAAGAAAUCAUGACCAGAUUCCCACAGAGCAAUGUCGCAUCAGAGGAUUUUGCAGCUAUCGAGAAGGAGAUCGCUAUUUUUUCCUCACCUUUUUCCGUGGACACAGAUGACGUUCCAGACCAUUUGCAGCUGGAGCUCAUUGAGCUGCAGUGUGACGCCGAGAGCCGCAGUCGGCACCAGCAGCUUUCUCUCGCCAACUUUUACCGACAGCUGGAUAAGGACAGGUUUCGAGAGAUUUGA